AUGGCGAGCGGGCCAGGCGGGGACGGGGCCUGCUGGGCGCUGGGCGCGAAAGACGAGGCGGCGGCCACCCAGACCGCCGCCGCCGGAGGAGGAGGAGGCGACAGCCAGGGGGCCCACGCGACCAAGCUUGCCGAGGAGGACCCGGAGCUGGCCGAGAGCUCCCCCGCCCCUCCCCCCGCCCAGCCUCCCCAUCCUCUGAUGCUCCUGCUGAGGAGGUCCCCCAGCACCUCCCUCUGCCUGGUCCAAGAAGAAGAUGCCGCCCUGCCCGCGGGCAGUGCCGGGGCAGCAGCUGUGGGGCGAGGGGGGCCUGUUUCCGCAGGGCGAGCCGGCCCUCCUGCGCCUUCUGGGCGGGGAGCCCUCUCUGCUCCUCCGGCCGGCGUGGCCGUGACCUCGUUGGGAGACGACGUGAGGAAGUGCGGCUACCUGAGGAAGCAGAAGCACGGCCACAAGCGCUACUUUGUGCUGCGGGCGGAGAGUCACCUGGCCCCGGCCAGGUUGGAAUACUAUGAUAGCGAGAAGAAGUUCAAGAGCAGUUUGAGGGCGGCGGCAGGGAAUGUGGCCCUCUGCUGCCCCCCUCCCAAGCGCGUCAUCCCGCUGUACCAGUGCUUCACAGUCAGCCGGAGGGCAGAUGCCAAGCACAAACACAUCAUUGCCCUGUAUACCAAGGAUGAGUAUUUUGCCAUGGUGGCUGAGAAUGAGGCAGAACAGGAGGGCUGGUAUCAGGCUAUCAGUGAGCUUAUGAGUCAGAGCAAGAGGGGGUUCUUGGAGCAGGAAGACCAGGCUGAUCAGCUGCUAGAUGAUGAUGAUGAGCAUUAUGGAACUGCUCUUAGACCAGGCACUGUGUUCAAGGAAGUCUGGCAAGUCAAUGUGAAGCCCAAGGGGCUGGGGCAGACAAAGAACUUGACGGGGGUGUACAGAUUGUGCCUCUCUAGUAAGGCCAUCCACCUUGUCAAACUGAAUUCUGAGGUACCUUCUGUCCACUUACAGCUGAUGAACAUCCGUCGAUGUGGGCAUUCAGAAAAUUUCUUUUUCAUUGAGGUGGGCAGGUCUGCGUCCAUUGGGCCAGGUGAGCUGUGGAUGCAAGUGGAUGAUUCAGUGGUUGCUCAGAACAUGCAUGAAACCUUUCUGGAAACUAUGAAAGCUUUGAAAGCCUUUUCUGAGUUUAGACCUCGCAGCAAGAGCCAGUCAUCGGGUGGUGGUAGCAGCACCAACCCCAUUUCAUUCAUCACUACCAGGAGGCACCUUGGCAACCUGCCACCUAGCCAAACCGGCUUACAGCGAAGAUCCAGAACUGAAAGUGUUACUGGUGGGACUCCUCCUACCACCAAGAGCAGUAGUUCUUAUCGAUUCAGAACUUCUAGUGAAGGAGAGGGUACGAUGACCAGACCAUUUAGGUCAGUGACUGGGAGCCUUAUUCAUUUGAAUACAGCACGGAUGAAUUUAGGGCGACAAGAAGGGAGUGGGCGAUAUGUUAGAGCAGCAUUUAGCUCUUCUUAUCAUACCAGGUCUGCCUCUCUGCCCGUAUCUCAUUUCCCUUCCACUACCAGCCCCAUCAGUGUUUCUUCAAGUAGCGGUCACGGAUCUGCUUCAGAUACUCUUGUAAGGCCUUCCAGUUCAUCUGUCUGUGGUUCCCCGAGUGAUGGAGGCUUCAUCUCUUCAGAUGAAUAUGGUUCCAGCCCAGGAGACUUCCGAUACUUUCGUGUGAGGAGUAAUACUCCAGAUUCCUUGGGUAACACGCCACCCAUUAGAGAGGAGAACUGUUUAAGUGAAUACAUGUCCAUGAGCAAACAACAAUUGGAUAACAGCUCAAGAGAUGAAUUCAGGGAAGCUGAAAAAUGCAUUAGAAAAAGAACUUACUCUUUAACAAAACCUGCUUCUACACCAGCGCAACAGAAAACAACCCAAACUGCAACUUCUUUAGAUGAGGAUUCUGUUGGAAGCCAUGGACAUUUGCCUUGUUCUGAAUCGCCAAAACUUAAAGAUAGUCCUGAUCCAGAGUAUGGAGAGCCUGCCCUUGAUUCUGUAUAUAAUCAAAACAGGAAUAAAGCCAGAGAUGAUGGAUACAUGCCAAUGAUGCCGGGAGUUGCAUCUUCUCUUGCAAGCAACAAUGAUUAUCUGCCAAUGACUCCUAAAACCACAUCUGUACCAAAACAGAUAAACAGUUCUUUGUCUUCAUCUCAGGCUGACUCCAGAGGGUACAUGAUGAUGUUUCCCAGGGCUGUCUCUUCACCGGUACGAAGUCCUUUAACUGGAUUUAGCUCUAAAAGCGGUACUGACAAGCUGGCAAAUAAUGAAUAUAUGGAUAUGUCACCUGGAAAUUCAGCUGCUCCAAAGCCACCAAGUGAUUCAAAUUAUAUGCAUACCGGUGCUAGUUCUAAAGGUUUUGGCUCUUACUUUUCUCUCCCACGAAGCUUUAAGACUCUGUCAGGACAAAAUGGUGAACAUAAUGAAUAUGUACCAAUGUCAUCACCUGGGAAAUUACUAUAUGGUGGCUCUGAAAAUGGUAAAAAUGCCAGUAGUGAAGUUUUGACUAAUGGCCUUUCCAAGUCAUCUAUUCUGAAAGCUUCAGAUGAAGGCCUUGCACAGAACCGGGUUACCAGGCCUACAAGACUUCCACUAGGUACUAGAGGUAGUAACACUAUACCAAGAAUGUAUGAUCGUACAAUUCCACUUGAGCCAUCAAGUCCUGGUGAAUAUAUAAAUAUAGACUUUGGUGAAAAAGCUAGUAAUACACCCUACUCUUUAUCUGCAGAAGGAUCUCCAUCAUCUCUUGGCUCCAGUAGUGACCACAGGCAGUCUCCACUGUCUGACUACAUGAGUGUUGAUCUGGAUGUUCAGUCGCCAAAAGCAGCAAAAGAGCUAUCUAGUUCCUUAACAGAUAUUUCAGUUUAUGCAAGCUCUAGUAUCCCUAGAAACCAGCCUGAUGCCGAUUAUGCUAGGCUCUCCUUUGGCACUGCUUGUGUUAACGCAGCAAGUGGUAGGAUUGAUGACUACACUGAGAUGACCUUCAACAUGGCAGCAACACCACCUGGACCAUUUGCCACAGGAAGCAAAAAUGGCUUGAAGAUGGAUAGUCCUCCUUCCAUAGUUAAUCGAUUGUGCAUUGUUGACCAAUAUGCUGGUAAUAGUGACUUCUCUGUUCCAAGUCCUGAACCUCCGGUGGUCCCCAAAGUCAUUCGUGCUGACCCACAAGGAAGGAGGCGGCAUAGCUCUGAAACAUUUUCUUCUGCUGCCACUGUUACCACUUCUUCUUCUUUCUUUACUGACAGUAGUAAAAGGCACAGCUCUGCUUCUUUUGACAAUGUGUGGCUGAAACCUGAAGAGCACAUUUCAGAUGGCCAUGAAAGCAAGAUGUCCAGAGAUACUUCAACUGGAUUUCAGAAUGGCUUAAACUAUAUAGCUCUGAAUUUACGAGAUAAUUCUCUAAACUGUGAGGAGAGCCCCAGUACACCCAAUUGCCACCUCUCAAACGGUACUUUGAAUCUGGAAAGUGGAGUAUAUGUAAGCAUAGACUUCAGCCGAUCAGAUGGUUUGAAGUGCAACGCUGCAAGAAAAGACUGAUGGCAUUACCAUGGAAACCAUUGUGAGAAGAGCAGGCUUUCCAGCUGGUGUAUCCAUAACUGUGUGGUGCUUUUGGAAGCAGAGCCCAUCUUCAGCCAUCUCUCUUCACUUCCACCAGCACAGACAUAGAGACGC